AUGGAUGCAAAUUUCAAGGAUUAUCGUCCUGAAACUGGCACUUGGGUCUUUACGGUGCCACAUUUCACUAAAUACGGUCUGCCGGAUGAGAGUGAUGAAGACGACGAUAACUUGUGCAGUGAAACGGAACUGCGCAGUGUUCUCGACGACAGUCGCAUACAGAAUGCGAUACAACGUGACCAGUUGAAGGUGUCGCCAAAGCAGACAACACUGCAUCAGCAGAAACGACUCGUUAUCAAUGGCCGUUAUGUGUCCAGCUCUUCUCCUGAACAGUCUGCUACGUUGCAGUCAGCUGAUACAUGCGAUUCGAACAUUCGAAUGAUAACAGAUAUAUCGGAAUUACCAACACCACGAUUUAACCGACAUGACUUAUAUGAUGAGAUGAAGUACGAUUCUUUGCCUCCAAUGAGCGGAAUACUGAAUUUCGACCAAACUAUCGAUUCAGUUGCAUUCACGCCAGCGAAAGGACUUCGGAUACGUCAACAGAAAGUCGAGCCACUUGACGAUGCAAGCAGGCAACUGAUUGAAGUAAUGGAAGAUUCGUUUGCGAUUGAACCUUUGGAUGAGCGGAAAGAACGCGAGAAGAUGAGACAUCGAAUUGAGCUAAAGAAGAUAGAACCCGAAUUCGAUAUUGCAUACGCGAUACCUCUUCAAGAGUCAUUCGUGACGAAGAUGAGAGCCAAACGAUCAACACUCGUCGAUCAAUCGCUCUUUAAUAUUCGUCGUACGCGAAUCGGAUGGACACACGGAGGACUGUUUGUAAGUAGUGCAUUACCGGCAUCAUUUGACGUCCAUUUGAUAAAGAUUGAUUAUCCGGAUGAACUGCCUCAGGAUUAUAUAAUCGAUAUAUUCGAACAUAACAUACGCUUAAGUUGUCGUAAUUCUGUGCGGCAGUAUUCGGCCGAUACUCACUCUGAUCUGACAUCAACAGCUAUCGAUCAUAUCACACCUUCAAAAGAUUAUGCGCAGAUGGUCGACUCAUUCAUAGCCACAUCAAAACAAAGCAAAAUGCCACGUGAAGAAAGUGUUUGGAAGUUGUGUAGUGCUUUGUUCACACAUCCAUCACUUCUGAAUGCGUCAAGUGACUACACUCGUGGUAUUACUCAGCGUGAAAGUGUUGGUUAUUGGUUACGGGAAACGAUCGCUGCCAAACAUCUCAAGUUACCGGCGUCCGGUAAAAAACGAAUUUUAUUUCACUUGUUGACUGGUAAUCUUGUUGAUGCAGUCGACGAAGCUGUCAACAUAAAUCUUCCUUUGCUGGCAGUCGCUAUGUCAUCCUUUUUGGAAACCGAUCGAACGACAUACCGACGCCAGGUAGAAUCGUGGAUACAGUCACAAUCAGCUGAAUACAUCGAUGAGGACUUGCUGCGAAUUUAUAUGAUAAUGGCGGGCAUAAUGCAUGUGAAACUGAAAUCGAAGUCGAUAUUCGUUUGUGAUGGUCUCAACUGGAUGAGGGUUCGUAGUGUUGGUUUGAUGUUGCUCGUUAAGCUCAAUGCUCAAACAAAACAAAUUGCGUGCUGA